UUAUUUGUUUUUGGUUUACUAUUGGAGAAAAUAUUAAAUUAUUGCGACGAGGAAUCAAGCACAGCUCAAGAAAAUCCCCAAUCGGGAGUCCCUCCCACAUUUUCAAUCGAUCCCAGUUUGUCGGAGGAACGGCGAUGGGGGCGACGGGCGGCGACGUGGAGGCCGGGUUCGCGAAGCUGCAAGGGGAGGACUUCGAGUACUACAUGCAGACCUACUCGAUCAUUCUGGGCCGCAAUUCCAAGAAGUCGACGGUUGACGUGGACCUGUCCAGCCUCGGCGGCGGCAUGAACAUCUCGCGCCACCACGCCCGCAUCUUCUACGACUUCGCUCGCCGCCGCUUCGCCCUCGAGGUCCUUGGCAAGAACGGCUGCUUCGUCGAGGGCGUCCUCCACCUCCCCGGCAAUCCCCCCGUCAAGCUCGAUUCCCAGGACCUCCUCCAGAUCGGCGACAAGGAGUUCUACUUCCUCCUCCCGGUUCGCAGCAUUCUCGGCGGCGCUCUCGCUCCCCGCCACUACGUGACUCCGCCCGCCCCCGCCGCACACUACCCGAAUUUUCAUCUGGCGGGGCCGCCGCAGGCGGUGAAGAAGGGGAGGGGGAGGGAUUUCUAUGAGGACGACGAGUACGACGACGACGAUGGAAGUGGUGGUGCGAAGAAGCUGAGGAGAGAAGGGUUCGAAGGGUACGGGUAUAGUGGCGCCGGUGGUUCGGGCGGUAAGGCCGGAGCAUUGGAGAAGAAAGCAGAGGGAAGAGCAAGGGUUGAUCGAGAAGCUGACAAUAACCAACUUAUUCAGUUGGAAGAAAAGGAUGUUGUAUCAUCUGUAGCUACUGCACUCUCAGAUAUUUGUGGUCCUGGAGAAUGGAUGGCUAUGGAGAGACUUCAUGCUGUGCUGGUGGAUAAAUAUGCUAAUGUCUGGCAUCAUAGUCGAGUAAGGAGAUAUCUCACAUCUGAGGAUUGGCCUGGUGUCGAAUCCAAGGGGAAACCUUGGUAUGGCUUGCUCAUGUUGCUUAGGAAAUAUCCUGAACACUUUGUCAUCAACACGAGGUCUAAGGGUCGGAUAACACUUGAGUUUGUCUCUCUUGUCUCACUGCUUUCAUAAAACGAGGAGACAUCAAAGGUUGCUUCCGUGAUCCUAUUGAUUAUCUUGAAGUUUAUCUGGUAAGUGACAAAAAUGCUGAUUUUUAACUUCGCUGCUAUUGUUGUGAAAUGUUUUCAAGCAGCAAUGUUGAGCUUUAGGUAGGAGCCUGUUAAAUACAUGUAGAUGACAAGCACAAAUCUGAAUUAUUUUGCUGUUGUUUAAGAUAUUGUUUAUUGACAUGAAGUUUUUGUAGAUGAAGUUUUCUAGUCAUAUCAAUUUGUCUA